GGGGUAGAAGCUGACGUCGCCAUUCUUCAUUCUCAUUCUUCGCGCCAACGUUGUCAGGCGUCGACAUGUGCCUUACAGUGAUCGUGAGUCUGUGAACAUACUCUCAAUAUCUGGCUACAAUUAAUCGACUAUUUCCAUUUGGUGGCUCAUAGCCAAUUGCCAGUAUGUCCGGAAUUGAGAUUGCAGGAUUGGUCCUCGGUGGCUUCCCUCUCUUAGUUUCUGCUGCUGAGCACUACAAAGAAGGCUGGGAGCCUUUGAUGAGAUGGAAAAGAUUUCGCACCGAGUUCCUACGCUUCAUCGAUGCUAUCGAUAUUGAGAAACAAUUGUUCGAUCAGAUGCUGGAGCGAUUUCUUAUCUCGGCCGAAGUUUCCCAGGAUGAACUACAACAUUUUCUUACGGACCCGAACUACCAUGGAUGGCACCGAGAAGAUUUAGCUAUGACCUUGAAGUCGCGCUUAGGUAAUUCCUAUGGGGCAUUUGUGGGUUCAAUCAGGACCAUGAAUGAACUCAUGGCAGAACUGGAAAGCAUGUUGUCGUUGAAAGAUGGAAAGUUUGACUGGGCGGAUGAGGGAGCCAGUAGCUGGGACUAUCAACUGAAAAGGAUUCGGCAUAGCUUUAGUAAACGAGGCACGAUAACCAUCGAGACCCUCGAAAAGCACAAUCGGAAACUUCGGGAGCUGCUCGACUCAACUGACAAACUAGACAGUAUGAAGUCCGCCAAGAGAGAUACGGCUUUAGCAAAUAUAUUUGGAUGCAUAAGAAGGCACGCGCAAAGCCUGCACACGGCUCUCAAAGACGGUUGGAACUGUGAUUGUCAAGAGCCUCACAAAGUCUCUCUUCGGUUACAGCAACGUACCACGGGAGAAUGGUCAUCGUUGUUCAACCUGUUAUUCGAAUAUCCGAAAGACGUCAAAGGGGUUGCACACGCCCCUCAUGAGUGGCGGGAGCUAGUUGUUAGUGCAAAACCAGCCAAUACACAAAUAAAUAGCCAUGUUGACCAUUUUCUGCACCCUUCUGCAGCACUCGUUGGUCGGGAGAAAUUGCGGCAAAAUUUCGAGCCAAAGUCAACCCCAGAGGUAAACAUCACUACUAAUCCAAUACUUAUUCCCAUAUCUCCUUCUUCCUCUACAGUAUCACAAUCGAGCUCUCGGGGAUCGCCCUCGAGUAAUCACUCAACAGCACUCGCAUCUGUUUCGACAAACGUGAUUAUAGAGGAAAGUCAUGCAAAAAAAUGGCUAUCAGGAAUCAAAUCAAAAGUGAGAAAAUCCGUCACGAUUCAUAUGCCCCAUGAGACUAUGAAUUCUACGCCACUUGCGCCAGAAAUAGACCUUUGUGUCCAAACUGGUUCAUUCGCCUCACUUUCGAUUCCACAAAGUCUCGCAGUCCCAAACGAUAUCAAAAUCAACGACUUGUGCAAAGUUAUUUACGAUUCCAGAGGCACAUCUAACUGUUACUUGGGGUACCUGUCCGACGAGCAUCAAAAUUCCCACGAAUUUCGCAUCCUUGAAGAUAACCCCGUAGCUCGUGGCCUUUGUGAACAGAAUUUCAUUAGCCUUGAAACUAUUCUUUCAAAGCCCGAUAAAGUCUCUCCUCUCAACCGGUAUGAGCGAUACAAAAUUGCAUACAUACUGGCUUCUUCAUUACUACAGCUUCAAAAUGCUCCUUGGCUUACUAGCAACCUGCAAAAGCGGCAUAUCCUCUUUCCAUGCGAUUGGAACAACCACAAAAUUCUGAUUGACCAGCCACAUCUCCCCCACUCCUUUCUCUCCACAAAAUCCCAAUCAAUAAUACCAGUACAAACUCCAAACUUUAGCAGUCCUACUACCACGGUCAAAAAAUCACUCAGUGAUCUCGGCAUUGUAUUACUCGAGCUAUGUUUCGGGCAACGCAUCGAGGAGCAAUCGAUCCGGCAAGAAUUUCUCGUCGAUGGCAAAGAGCAUGCACGCACGAACUAUCUCACUGCUCUAGAGUGGGCCGACGCGGUAUAUGAACAAGAACCAGCAUUGGAACAUGUUAUCAAAUGUUGCAUGUUUUGUAUCUUCGAAGAAAAAGCGAAUUGGGAUAACCUGAAGUUUACACAAGCUGUGUAUGCAAGUGUGGUUGAGCCGUUGGAGAAGAUAGUCAAUAGCUGGCCAAAUUCAUCUUGAGAUACGACUGAAGACGCUUUGAAACAACAAAUUUAUGAGAAAUCUCUCGUUUGUUAAGAAACUUAAUUUUAUAUAUAAUGCUGCGACACGAGUGAAUGUGCGAAUGUGAGUGCACAAGCGUAUUCUAUAUAGCUCUCGUAGCUCUGGACCUAGGAUGAUAGAUACAAUACAAUACAAUACAAUACA